ACGAACCACUACCUGUCAAUACAUCCAAGUUUUUUCCUGACGUAGCUUUGUGAUAUUACUUACCGGCAUUGUUCAUCCUGGGGAAGGAGCUGCCAGGAAGAUGGAGAUCACUGCCAUUGCUCUUAUUCUGGCGACGAUGAUUGUCUCCAAGGCCGCAGCGCAGAACAACGGCUGCUCGAGCGUGAUGAUGACCCUAUCCCCAUGCCUUGACUUCAUCGGGAGCAAAGCCCUGGAGCCCGGCUUCUCCUGCUGCACCACGCUCGCCGGCAUCGUCCAGACCGACCCCCGUUGCCUCUGCAUGGUUCUCGAUGGCAGCGCGGCGUCAUUUGGCAUCGCCAUUAACCACACGAGGGCCCUGGAGCUCCCUGGCAUCUGCAAGCUCCAAGCACCGCCGAUUAGCCAAUGCACAACCAUCCCAGUUCCUCCAGCAACAACGCCAGAAGACCCACCGGAGGAGACGAGCAACCAAGUUGCAGAUGCACCUAAAGGAAGCCUGAAUUCGAAUGCAACAUCAAGCUCCAGGAACUCAAAGAAUGCAGCAAAUUUGAUGGCCACUAUGCUUAUACCUACAUGUGCAUUAAUCUAUGUCUUCUAAGUGUUGGACAGUUUAAUUUUCUGCAGCCUUGUAUUAAAUGACAAGACCAAUAGGAUACCAUUUAGUUUGAUAUAUCUUUCCGAUGAGUCUCAGCAAAAAAGUCAUGUCAUUCAUUAUAAGAAGCCAAUUAACUCCAGCGGAUGUGCAUAACAUGAAUUAACACGUAUAGCUAGCUAUGUUGACAUAACAUUUUUUGUCAAGCAUACUUUGCGUGGGAUUUUCGAGUUAUCAAACUUCCGCAAGUAAUUAUUUGAG